CAUAUAUCCUCCUCUCAAAUCCUUAGCUGAAGAAUAACUUAGAAUCCUAAAUCUCUUUCUAUCCAACAAGAAGAAUGGAAGAUGAAUCCUUUCCUUCACCUCAUAUACUCAUCUUUCCACUUCCCUUACAAGGCCAUAUAACCCCUAUGCUACACUUAGCUGAACUUUUCUGCCUUGCAAAUCUUAAAGUAACCUUCCUUAAUACAAACAAGAACCACAAACUCCUGACCCAACACACCAACAUUCAUGCCCGUUUUGCACGGUACCCAAGUUUCAGGUUCGAGACGAUACCCGACAGUCCAUCCAACGAGGACCAGCCACAGGCACAGACACAGGCACAGGAGCAAAAACAAGCACAGAAGCAGGCACAGGCACAGAAGCAGGAACAGGAGCAAAAACAGGCACAGGCACAGGAACAGGCACAGGAGCAAAAACAGGCACAGGCACAUGCACAGACGCAGGCGCAGACACUGGCUGUUAGGAGAAUUAAUCCGAAGGAUGCGUUGGAGGCACUACACGAGGCGCUGGCACCGAGUGCAGAGCCUCUUCUAAGAGAGCUUUUGUUUGGAACAAGAGAUAAGAUAACAUGUUUUAUAAUAGAUGGGUGGCUGAGAUUUGCUUAUGAGAUUGCAAAUGAAGCUGAGGUGCCAGUGAUUGCAUUCAGGUGUCCAAGUGCAUGCUGCAUCUGGGCUUAUUUCUGUAUUCCACAGAUUAUUGAAGCAGGAGAAGUACCUUUCAAAGAUAACGAAGAAAUGGAUCAACUAGUCAAAAAUGUAGCUGGGAUGGAUAGCUUCCUUCGUUGUCGUGAUCUUCCCAGCUUUUGCAGAGGGCAAGACAUGUCUUCAUGUUGUGAGCUUCAAGAAUAUUUCGCGGGUGAGAUACAGAGAACCAAGCAUGCUCACUCUUUCAUUCUCAAUACAUUUGAGGAUCUGGAGGGUCCGAUUCUCUCUCAAAUCCGAUCACAAUGUUCGACAGUUUACUCCAUUGGACCACUACAUGCACACCUAAAAUACAGACUUGGCAAAGGGGAAACACCAUUGUCAAACAAUUCUAGUAGUAGCUUGUGGGAAGUGGAUAAAAGUUGCAUAUCAUGGUUGGACCAAAAGCCCGACAAAUCUGUUAUUUACAUAAGUUUGGGCAGCACUACUACUCUCACGAAGAACCAGCUCACGGAACUUUGGACGGGAGUAGUGCAGAGCAAGAGGUACUUCCUGUGGGUGGUAAGGCCCAAUGUCAUUAUAGAAGGUGGGCUCGAUAGUCCAAUCCCCAAUGACCUCUUAGAAGGGACCGACAAGAGAGGAUGCAUAGUGAAAUGGGCCCCACAGGAUGAGGUAUUGACCCACCGAGCCAUCGGUGGGUUCUUGACCCAUAGUGGAUGGAACUCAACACUAGAGAGCAUAGUGGCUGGAGUGCCAAUGCUUUGUUGGCCUCACUUUGCUGAUCAGCAAUUAAACAGCAGGUUUGCUAGUGAAGUCUGGAGAAUUGGGUUGGAUAUGAAGGAUACAUGUGAUAGAACAAUAGUGGAAAAAAUGAUCAAUGAUCUGAUGGAUGGGAAGAAAGAUGAGUUGCAAAGAUCAGCGAAAAGAGUUUCACAAGAAGCAAAGAAAAGCAUCUCAGAAGGAGGAUCCUCCUAUUCUAAUCUUAAUCGUUUAAUCGAGGACAUAAUAGCAAUGUCCAACAAAUGAGAGCAUUAGAUUUUUAUAUCCUUGAACCAGUGAAGGCAAAUAGGUAAAUGAUUAUAUUUAGAUAAGACAGAGUAUUGUUCACUAAAAUUAGUAUGCGAUACAAAUAUACCUUCAUAGGGUAUUACCUUUGAUGGAGGACCAUCUACAACAUCACCAUCUGCAACCAAGGAUCCGAAACUAAAUCACAUAUGGUGGCUCUAACUUUGCGUGAGGUUUUAAAUUCUUAAAGUCCUUCUAUGCCCAUUGUUGAGGAGUCCUUGAUAAGCUAUGUUCAUUAGUUCCCUUAGUUCAUUGUCAUUAGUUUUAUUUUCAUUAUUGUCGAGUUGUAAGAAUCCUAGUGUGAUUGGAGUCUUUAUUUCCCGUGUUGAUUUUUUCAGUUGAUUGUUUUAGAACAAAAUGUUGUUAGUUGAGUCAUGUAAGGAAGUAUUUGAAAUACUGUAGUUUGAAGGUUGUUAUGAAUGCUCAAC